UUUACAGCUUCUUGUAAUAUUAUUCUGGUGACGUGGUCUUAACUGAAAAACGUUGAAUGAUCGUAAAUUUACCUUAGAUCAGAUCGCAGCCAAUAAAGCGAAUUCUAACCAUCUAUCAAAUAUUUGGAACUUCCAACGCGAAUUGUUUAUUUCGGAAGCACAAAUUGCACGCAGAGGUGCCAUAUCUCAAACAAUGGCGUCAAAAAUGACCAAUUUCAGCAAGAAUCGAAACCGUAUCUCUCCGUAUCCAGAUCAUCAAUCAUCUGCUGUUCGGAGACGUGCAGAUUCGCUAUAUGCUCAGCUGAAAGAAUUUCGCGGGCCAAGUAACAGGAAGUUUCUCUAUCCCAGCAUUCAUGCUCAUUUGGAAAGUUCGGGCAUGCAAAAUAUUUCGGAAGAAGAGUAUAACAUACCGAGUGAUGAAAUACUUUCCUGCAAACCGAUUGAGUUUGAACGCCCAGAGAAUAUUCUCUAUGGGGAUUCGAGUGUAAAAUGCGAGCAAAAUAUUUCCCAAGAAGAGUAUAACAUACCGAGUGAUGAAAUACUUUCGUACAAAACAAUUGAGUUUGAAUGCCUAGAGAAUAUUCUCCAUGGGGAUUCGAGUCCCUUAGAUCCAGUUAAAGUAGGGAGCGGAAAUGAUAAUAAAUCUGAUUAUAUUAUGCGUACAGAUGGCAUGUACUGUGGAGCAUAUACUGUAAUGCUUCCUAAUGAACCCAUUGAAAGUCAUAUCGAUCAUCAAACGCAUACUUCCUCGAUGGAUAUAAAUUUGCAAAAUGCUUUUCAUCAAAAAGCUUGUUCGACGGGAAAUACGGCUUGGUCUGAUAUAACAGAUGGCUCUUCGAGCGAUAAUGGCGCAAGUACUAUUCUCAGUCGAAGUAGUAGUGUUUGUAGUGACAGUGUUUUGCAUGCAGACAGUGAGCAUUAUGCAGCAGGUCCUGUGCUUUGUACUCAAUCCGAUGACAGCCAUGCCAGUCCCCAAAUUAAUAUUCCCCCGAUGGAUGCAAAUUUGCAAAAUAUUUCUCAACAACAAUUUUGCUCGAUGGAAAAUAAUGUACCGUUUCCAAUUGGAAAUAAUGCUAAUAUUAGAACUGAUUCUACGAGUAAAUGUGUUUCGUCAGAGAAUAUUCCCUGCGAAGAUUCAGUUGCUGCAGACCAAAGUAAUAUCAAGCCUAGUGAUAUUAUGUGUCCAGGCAGUACAGUGUCUAUCGCAUUUCCUACGGCUCAAAGCAGACUUUAUCAAGGUCACCUUAAUGCUCAAAGCAGUUUGGCCUCUACGAAUGCAAAUUCACAAUAUUUUCUUGCGCAAAAUCACGAUGUGUUGUAUACGCCUAUUCCAAUGGGAACCCGCUACAUUCAUGCAGAUAUUGGUGUCAGUGAAGACGCGUGUAGGUUUAAAUCAAAUUUUAUACCUCAAGAGGAGCCUGGGAGAUAUUCUAACUCACCUUCACAUUUCUCACAACAAAUAAUAUCUAGUCUCGAUUUACAAGGCACCAUAAACACCGUCGGCGGCAAAUUGUCCGGCAGAAUGGAGGACACUCUCUCGAACACUUCUGCAGUUUGUGAAAAUCCACGACCCCAUUCCCGCAAUCCUAUGCAUCUCUUAAUGCUAAAUCCCAACCAGCAGAUACAUCAGAGUAACACCUCUGUAAGAGAAAUGACGUUCACAAUGCCGAUGGAUGAAGGACCUUCCGUUAUUCUUAAGCGCAUCGAUUUUUCAAGGCAACUGCACUCAAGCAAACGUAAAUUUCACCUUGGUCCAGGUCAAUAUAAAAUGCUAAUGAGUCGAUCGGACUUGGAGAUUCAGCUCAAAUGUCUUCGAGUAGAACGUAACAAAAUUGACGUCGCUUGGCCGCAGUCGGUUUCAAUUUGUGUCAAUGAUACGCCAUUGGGAAAUGAGUAUCUCGAAUGUACUCAACGGGAUAAAGCAUCCUUUUAUUUUAAAUCGUUAUGCCAUUUAGGAGAUAAUACCUUGAAAUUCAAAUUUUCUCCAAACGCUUUCAAAUUCGCUUUUGGAGUGCAAAUAGUUAAGCGGGUUUCUUUGGAACAAGCUGUUCAACGUUUGCGCGAGUUCAGUCUACGACCUCUCGCCCGAAGUGUAUCUCUGAUUAAAAAAAAUUUCACCAAGGGCAUAUACGACCAGAAUGUAAUCAUCGACAGCCCUAAUGCUUGUAUCGGCGAUUGCUCUAUCACGAUUCAGAGCAAGCGUAUAAAAGUCUCACUUAUAUGUCGUUUGUUGGGAAGCAAAAUACAAACACCGGCACGCGGUGUCACAUGCAAGCAUUUACAAUGUUUUGAUCUGGCCACUUAUCUCCGUGCUAAUUACAAAGACGAAAGGUGGCGAUGCCCCGAAUGCAAUGAAUACGCUCCUAUUGAACGUUUAGAAAUCGAUGAAUUCUACGGGAUCCUAUUGACGACGCUGAACACCAUUAAUGUGAAAGAAGUGAUUAUUGACUCUGCAGUCAAUUGGUGGCCGGUGGUCGAUGAUGAAAUAGAUAACAAUAACAAAGGCGGGACUGGCUUAUUUAUUCCAAAUUGUAAUAAUAUCAUCAUUGGAAGUGACGGUAAUAUAAAAAAUGCCAAAUGUGCACAAAAAGAAGGUUAAUAGAAAUGUCAACAACAAAUAAAUUAUGCAAUAAAAGUUUAUGGCGAUAAUUUAAAGAAUCAUAUUAAAUGUAAUGGAAAGCAAUUUAACUAAAAAGAACGGAAGAAUUCUAUUGUAUUAGUCUUAAAAAUCAUCCGAGCAAUGCGAUCUUUCUUUAUGAGAAAAAUGUUUCUUUACUUCAAAGCUUUGUAAUUGUCGCUGCGAGGAUGAUGAUAAUUUGACUUACAAUCUGACUUAUAUUCACUCGCGCUAGAUAUGUAAGAUAUGAAGACUGAUCAUUGUGAUAAUAAUUAGAGUUAUAUUAAAAGGCAAGGAAUAUAUUAAUGACCUUAAAGUGAAGACGAUGUUUUGCUGUUAAAAACAAAAAUAAUUUGUUUACUUUUGAAAAUUUAUAUCAAUCUCAACAUA